AAUAAAGCCGUGCGUACAGCGACAUCGCGUUCUCUGGUCUUCGAGCUGCCCUCCUGCUGCUGCUCGACCUUGCAUCCUCUCCUCCGGUCUUUCAGAGACUCACAGGCUUCUGUUUUUCUUCGUGUCUAAUCUCGCGCAACCAUGCCAAGCAAGAGGAAGAAGAAUAAGCGCCGCAUGAGGAGAGUGCAGUUGCAGAGGCGGGCACUAGAGGAACAGUAUGCCGCCGCAGCUAAAGGAACUCCUGCGCUCAGGGCAGUCUCUGCCCCGGGCGCCGUCCCCGUUGUUGCCAAACCCGUCAAGGCGCCCAAACCCCCCGUUGCUACCUUCAAACCAAAGCAGCCCAAAGCCCCCGCCCCAGUUAUUGUCCCCCAAAUUCCAGAGGUGUCUGCAUGCCCCCCAGUUGAACCCCCAACCGUCGCUCCUACGCUCCCAGAGCUUGUCCCAGAGCUUGUCCCAGAGGUUCCUAUUGAGGCGGCUCCUGUAGUAGAAGUCCCAGAGGUCUCAGAGGUUUCCCCAGUGGAAGCACCUGCGCCUGAGCCAGAGCCAGAGCCCGCUACAAUCCCAGAACUCGCCCCAGUAGAGCCGGAAGAACUGCUCAAAGAACCAGAAGCAGUCGCGGAACCAGAAGCAGUCGUGGAACCAGAAGCAGUCAAAGAAUCGGAACCAGAAGUGGUGCCAGAACCAGAAGUGGUGUCGGAACCAGAAGUGGUACCAGAACCAGUCGAGGCUGAACCAGAACCGGUUCCGGAACCUGAAGUGGUGGCGGCAGCAGAACCAGUCGAGACUGAACCAGAACCGGUUCCAGAACCUGAAGUGGUGAAGGCAGCAGAAGCAGUUCAUGUCGCAGAGGAAGUGUCGGUCGUAGAGGAAGUGUCGGUCGCAGAGGAAGAGUUGUUCGCAGAGGAAGAGUGGAAGCCCGUUAAAUGCCCGGCAGGGUUGCCAGCAGAUGUCCUUUCAGUCGCGUUGGAAGACCCCAUUAUCCCAGCCCCUGCACCAGAGGGCGAGACACAAGCUGCCCCCAGCGAAGACGCAGUUGUCCAGGAAACCAUCGAGGUUUGUGAAGACGCAGUUGUCCAGGAGACCAUCGAGACAUCAGAAGUGGACGGUGUGGCAUGGGCGCCCGCUGUCGAAGCACCAGAAGAGAUCGUACCUGAACCCAGUGUUGAAGAAGAACAAAAGUCCGUAUCGGAGCCCGUUGACGUGUUAGCUGAGCCUGCACCUGAGCCUGCAGAUGAAGCCCAAACCCUUUCAGAAAAUGCAGUCGAACCAGUUUCGGCUGACGCCGAGGUGGUGGAACCCGAGGCUGUGGCCAUGCCUGAGCAAGAGUCGCCUGAAGACGCAGAUGAAGCUGUGAUUGCACAACCUGAGGUCGAAGAAGCCAUGGUGAAGACUGUGAGUGAAGAACCAGAGGUGGUGGAGGUGGUGGAGGUGGUGGUGGCCCCCGCAGAGACCGUGGAAGCUGAGCAGGUUCCUGAGGUGACUCCUGCUGCUCCAGAGCCAGAGCCAGAGGUGUGCCCAGAUGUUCCAGCCCAGAUUGAGGAGGCUGUUGCGGCUGAGGCUGCCCCUGUUGCCCCUGUCGUCGAGCCUGAGGUUGCCGCGGCUGAACCCGUGACCCCUGACACCAUGGCUGAGGACUUUGUUGUGACCGAAUCUGCGGUUGCUGUGGAGGCGGCCAUGUCUGUACCUGCUGAGGAGCCUGCUCCAGUUGCCAUCAUUGCUGAGACCCUGGUCCUGCCAGAGGUGGAGGUGGAGGUGGAGCCCAUCGCUGAACCCACCCCUCUGUCAACCAACGAAGUCAUCAAGGUUAAAGAGGAAAUUGUGACUGAAGUGGAGAUUGAAACAAAAAUGGUAGUGGAGGCUCUGAAUGGACACGUAACACCAGAAGUGGCUAUUGAGAGCUAAACAUAAUGUGUGCACAAAGGGACUCCGAAAAACAUCUCCGUUCAAAGUGCCUUUUUCCUGUAUGGGCUCUCAAAUCUUUUGGAUGUGGAGCGUAGAUUCAGACAGAUGUCAUGAUUUUCAUGUGAAUACUGGCUCUUUUUGAUUGGCGUCCAUAUCUUCAUGCAUAUUUGCAGACACUGUAAUACGCAUACACGGAGCUGUUUUGGUGAAAUCUCACAAUUUAUAUGUUCAUAUUUGGACCAUUUUUGUAUUGAAAAGUUUUUUUUUUAUUUUGCCUUCUCUUUUCCUUUUUUGUAAAAACAGUUUGGACUGUAGAGCUGCCUCCCAAGGCUCCUGUUUACUAUUUCAGAUGGUGCCUUUUUCCUUAAGUUUGAAUGGAUUUCACUGGAGGAGCCCUUUCUGUGUGUGUGUAUGUGUGUGUGUCUGUGCUGUGCGCCUCUUGUUAUGACUGCAAGUGUCCCGCAUCAGCGCGGCACACUGGAGAAAGUGCAUCCGUUCUCUGGACAGGGCUGUAGUCCGGCAGGGCUGCAGAGGUUGGACUCUCAGGCCACACGUGUUGUCUUUUCCUCCUGCCUUUUGUAAACAAGUCUAUUUGGUACAAGAUGGCUGCUGGAAGCCAUGGUCCACCGCAGAUGGAGCUUUUAACGGUUCUUUCACUCUCAAUAAAGAAAUCGAACUCACCAUGA